AUGUCCUCGUUUGAUGGCUUGUCGCGAGAAGAGCUGAUGCAGAAGGUCGUGGAGCUCCAGCAAUGCCUGGCCGAAUUGUCCGAGAAGGUGGACACCGUGAAGGGCGAGAACACCCAGCUCCGGGACGAGAACGGCGUCCUGAAAGACUACCUCAACAACCUCAUGGCCAAGGUCGGGAAGAUGCCAAAUCUUGGGACCACGGCCCCGAGCCGUGUGAUGCUCCAGCAGAACCCUGAUGGCGCGCAGCCAGUCAAGGUCAACGACCACAUUGGUGAGCUGACUGCCCCCGCCAUGGACGACUGA